AUGGCGAGGACCAAAGCGGGUCGGAAGGCCAAAGGCGGCGUGCGGCACGACGACUUCAACGCCGAAGCCGCGAAGGUCGGGGCCGAGACGAAGAAGCGCGCGAAGAACCAGCUGAAGGUCAAGGGGAAGGCCAAGUACGCGGCCAAAGUCGCAGCUCAGCACGAGAAGAAGCAGAAACAGCAGCAGUUGCAGCUGCAGUUGCAGGAGAAGCGACUGGACGAGAGCGAGCGCUCCAGUAGCGGCAGCAACGACCGACAGCCGAGCGGCGCCGACGACGGGUUCAUCCAGUUUGGAGCUGCGAAGGACGAGAUUCGCAGUGCCGGCGGCGGCGGCGCGACUGGGAACGCUACUGCCCGCGACACGCCGCAAGAGGAUACGCACACUGCGUUGACACUGGAAACGCGGCCGUGGAUACAAGAGAACAAGCGCUACACGAACAGCAACGUCUACGCGCGGCUGCACGAGGAGAUCAUGGACUUUGUGCGGUUCGUGAGUCCCACGGAGGAGGAACUGAGCAGUCGCAUUGAGCUCAUUGAGGAGAUGCGGGAGAUUGUCCAGACGCUGUGGCCUGGAGCCACUGUCGAGACCUUUGGCUCACACUAUACGCAGAUGUUUUUGCCGCAGAGUGACAUUGACAUGGUGCUCUUUGGCGUGCCCGAGGGAACGCAGCCGCUGUUUAAGCUCGCACAGUGUCUAGAGGAAAAAGACUUGGUGAGCUACCUCGAGGUGAUUGACAAGGCCCGGAUUCCGAUCGUCAAGAUGGUGCAUAAAGCGAGUGACAUCCACGUCGACGUGUCGUUCAAUGUCGCGGGUGGCUUGGCCACGGGGGAUCUCGUGCGACACUUUAUGCGCGUGCACCCGUCGUUUCGUCCACUGACGCUCGUGCUGAAGUACUUUAUGGCCCAGCGGGGACUGAACGAGACGUACUCAGGCGGCGUGGGGUCUUUCUUGCUGCAGCUGAUGGUAGUCAGCUUCUUACAGCACACUGGGCGCGCAUUGGGUGCAAAGCACGACGAUCCCAGGUUCAACAAUUUGGGGCAACUGUUGGUGGGAUUCUUCACGUUGUACGGAAGGGACUUCAACUACACUGAUCUUGGCAUCUCGGUGCGAAACGGCGGCUCAUACUUUUACAAAGAAGACCGCUACUGGUGUGAUGCCGGCAGACCUUUUCUGAUCGCCAUGGAAAAUCCGAAUGAACCGAGCCUGGAUGUUGGCAAGAAUUCGUACGAAAUACGCACCGUUCAGCGUUCUUUCGACUAUGCCCGUCAGGUACUACAGAACGAAAUCGGCCGUCAUGGUCGGUUCAAGUCUCUUUCUGGUAGCAUUCUGGGCACGAUUAUUCAGGCAGACAGUAACUUGAUGAAGAGAGAGCCGCCAAGUAGUUUUGGUUUCGAUGUUUUGCACCACGAUCCCGAAAAGACGGCCGAGAUUCGCAAGCAGUACGAGAUGCGGCGUGACGAAGAAAUGAACAAGAAGCGCGCAGCAGAGUCGGCGACCCAGAGUCGACGGAAGGGCGGCGCGAACGAGCCGCCGUAUAAACGUUGGAGAGAACGCUCUAGUCGGGCAUACUAG